AUAAUUUCCCCCACAAGAUUGGUGGACAUCGGAACUUUAGGGAAAUUGCCGAAAAUUGAGGCUCCCUAAAAAUGACAAAUAUGUUUCGUUAUGGACGUGCGAUGAAGACAAUGAUUCGGACAGUGGUAUCACUAGAUCCCCUCGGCCAAAUGCAGUGUGUCCAGUGCCGCAUGUACAGCCAUGUCACAAGGGAACUUGUCCCCUCUGUACGGACUGCUAUACGAUGUCCAUUCACAACCCUCACCUCGAACCAAAAGAGCCUUCACCCUGCCUCUGCUUAUGCAGUUAUCACUGAUGAUAAUGACAUUGAUAAUUCAUACCAUAAAAUUGUGUACAGUAUACCAAAAUCUGUCUCAGUGCCUUUAAAAUCUCCACACAACAAUUGUUCAUCAUUCAAUUUUGGUUGUCAUCAUCAUACAGGAUUCUUUCAAACGCGUGAAUUUCACUCAAAGCGUGUCACUUCAGAUGCUGAAAGGACUGUUAACUUCCAUAUACGUUCGUUUCAAACGAGUGGACCAGAUUAUGCCAAUUCAGAAUCAAAUGUUGAAAAAUCUGUUAAAGUUCUCAAGGAUUUAGCAAAUAAUAAAGUACGAUUAGUGCCUGCGGAGGUGUAUUUUCGGAAAAAGGGUAUUGUGGCUGAACCAAGGAAAUCACUGGGAACAAGGAUUGUUGAUGAAUUGAAGCACUAUUACCAUGGCUUUAGGCUGUUGUGGAUUGACAUGAAGAUUUCUCUGCGGUUGAUUUGGCUGCUCAUGAAAGGGGAGUCACUGUCCAGGAGGGAGAGAAAACAGUUGGUGCGUACCUCAUCUGACUUGUUUCGACUGGUGCCCUUCAUGGUGUUUCUUAUUGUGCCAUUUAUGGAGUUCCUGCUUCCAUUUGCCCUCAAGUUGUUCCCAAGUAUGCUACCUAGCACAUUUCAAGACAAAGAAAAGCAGGCUGAGAAAACUAGGAAGCGUCUCAAGGUUAAGUUGGAGAUGGCCAAGUUCCUGCAGGAGACUAUCCAAGACAGCACCCUAUCCUCGACUAAUAAGGAGAAGUCUCAGAAUCUUGUACAAGAGUUCGCUUCAUUUGUUACUACGAUCCGCAGUGCUGGUGGUAUGGCCAGUAAAGAUGAGAUCCUCCGAUACUCCAAACUCUUUGAAGAUGAACUGACCCUGGAUCAACUACCCAGACCACAGCUUAGUGCCCUGUGUAAGCUGUUAGACAUACAGACAAUGGGUACAGAUAACUUCAUACGAUUUCAACUCCGGAUGAAAAUGAGACAACUCAUGAAUGAUGACAAGAUGAUUGUGAUGGAGGGUAUCAACACAUUGACAGCCAGUGAGCUCCAAGCCGCCUGCAGGGAGCGUGGAAUGCGAGCGCUUGGUAUGACCGAAGACCGCCUUAAAGGCCAGCUACAGCAGUGGUUAGACCUACACCUCAAGGAGGAUGUGCCAACAACAUUACUGCUGCUUACUCGUUCCAUGUACUUGCCAGAUGAGGUUCCAGUCGAGGACCAGCUGAAAGUUAUCAUUUCAACGCUGCCUGAGGCUACGGCAGAAGAAGCCAAGAUCAAGAUUGCUGAAGUCACUGGCGACAAGGUUGCGAAUAAGGCCAAAUUGGAGCGAAUUCUCCAAGAGGAGGAGGCCAUCAAGAAGGAGAAGGAGGAGGAGAAGGAAGAAGCCGCAGCAGAGCAAGCACCAUCUCCUAUCAAGGUGGAUGUAUUGGAUGCUGACCUUGCCAAAGAGAUCCCUAUGGAGGAGGCAUUGCGGGAUAUGGCACCUGUUAUAGAGGCAAAGCCGUCUGAAGCUCUUGAAGAGGAGGUAGAACAAAUCUCGGGUAAGGAUUUGAAAGAUCUUGAGUCAGCCAUUGAGACACUUGCUGAAGAGAAAAACUUUGAUAUCGAUCGUGAAGAGUUGAACAAUCUAAAGGAAGAUGUGGAGGAUUAUCAUGAGGACCUGAAGAACCUCAAAGAUAUCGUGGUGGCCAGCGGAGACAUGGGGGUGGAACAGUCUGUCGGCGCCAAACGCUUGAGUUCGAAGCUGGACAAGAUGAUCAACCAAAUGGAUGUGAUCAUGGACGACCUCCACAAAGAAAAGGAGUCGUUAAUGGAAGAUAUUGAGUUGAAGGAGGUCAGGAUGAAACGCAGCUCAAGCCUGCAGGAGGAUAAUGAGCUGAGGGAAGCUGUAUUGGAUGAAAUCAAAGCUACAAAGAGCAAUGUGAUAAGUAUCAACGAGUUGGUGCUCUCAAUGAGACGUAUCCAGAAGAUCUCUGAUGAGGACAGGUUCCAGAAAGUAUGCGAAGUGCUAGAUGAAGACAAGGAUGGCAUCAUCAAUGUUGAGGAUGUGCUCAGGGUAAUUGAAGAACUUGGUGCCGAGAAUAUCAAACUGACAAACAAACAGGUGAAUAAUUUAGUGAAGACGCUACGGGAUGAGACGGUCCUGGAGGACAUAGAGAAACAGAAGCUGAGAGAGGAGAAAGAGUUUAUGGAACAACUCGACAAAGCAGAUGAAGAACGGGUCAAGUUGGAAGAAGAGGAGCAGAAGAAGCAGAAGGAUUCACUGGAGUUAUGAGGCAGAGCACAAGUAUGACUUCUAAGCCAAUAGUAGUUGCCAACAUGACCUAGUUUCUCACGGUACGCGGCAUAACCAGCUGCAGUGACUAGCCUCAGUUAGUUGGCGGCAUUCCAGGCUUGUACAUGUAGGUCGCGGAGUUAUAAACGCUGUAAUGAUAAUUUAUUCAGAUUGAGCAUUUCUGACAAGGCACUGGUACAUGUAUAUAAAAUGUACUAAAGUGUUUAUUGAGUACUGGUAGUAAAUAUGCUAUGUCAUGUUGUGGUACUGGCACUUAGAAAUUAAGUGGCACAAAUUGUACUGAGAUAAGUUCUUAUUUCUUUUAACAUUAAGAAAUGUUGUGAUAUUUCUUGUUAACAAAACCUGCAAGAAUUGUUGUCACUUGUAAAUAUGUAUGCAAUAAUAUCAUAAGAUAGCUUUGUAUGAACUGAUAUUGUGAUUUUGAAUAGCUACCCUGGUUUAGCAUGUUUUUCCUGCCAUUCGCUUGAAAACGGAAAUUUCAUCCUGUGAAUAUAGGUGAUGUUGAAGGAGUUGUCCAUGUGUCAGGAAACAUACAAUUUCUCUAUCGGAGGUACUGACUGAUGUGUUUUAAAUUCUUCAGACCUUAAUGAAAAGGUGGGAGGGACCCAAGGCAUUAGGGAUUACUGCAGUUAUCAAUGCAUUGUAGAAAGCCCAGCCCAACAUAGUCUGGGCAAUAACUGUUAUUGCUAUAAUUUCCAUCAACUGGAGUGUACAAAAUUUGAUAUUUUAUGGACAAUGGAUUAA